AUGGGACCUUUGAAAGAAAGGGAGUGGUGGUGGGAGGAACUAGACACUUACAACUUGGGAACUUGUAAUGGUACCUCUGUACUAGAAAUGGUUACAGCAUUUGAGAAGGCAGGUGGCAAGAAAAUCCCUGUCAAAAUGUGUCCUGCAAGAUCAGGAGAUGCUACUGCUGCCUAUGCUGCUGUGGACAAAGCGGAGAAAGAACUUGGCUGGAAGGCAAAAUAUGGCAUUGAAGAAAUGUGUAAAGCACCAAUGGAACUGGGCAAGUAA